GAAUGAUUCAAAACAACUGUGCUCGUGAUUGUGACUGCAUUGGUAUUGUGUGCGAUUUCAAUUUUUGUCAAAAGAAAAAUAUCUUUAUCUCAUUUGGUAGAAACUUGUUAAACGACUGAAGAUAACGUUCGCAAUUAUGGUUUACUAUAUGGGUCGUAGUGUAGUUGAAAGAUUCCUUGAAGGUGGGCGCAUUAUGGUUUAGUAGCAGCAGAUUAGUAAGCAGAUAGUCGCCUAGCAUUGCUACAGAGGAGGUUUCCAGGAUAUUUCCAACAAUUCAUCUACAAAGCAGUUGACGAUAGCGCGCUCGAGUUGCUCAAGCGAUUUCUUUCCUUUUAUGGGUUGUCGCAUUUCAUCCUCAAGCAAUGAUAAUUUUUCCUCAUCGAACAACGAGAUGCCGAACAGGACGACCGACCAGCAGACCACGGUCGAUUACAAGCCUCGCUUAGAGCGAAAACAGUGCCUGGCAAAAGAGACACCGGAACCAAUCUAUGAUCUGGAGGAUUGCAAUCUAAAAGAUGUGCCAUCGGGAGUAUUUAUUAUGUGCAAGGUGCUUCGAAAGGAGCUACUCUCGUUGUCUAACAACAAAUUGACCUCACUGAACGGCGGGGGAGCACUGGUGGAUCUGCAAUUGUUGAUGACGCUGAACCUGUCCAACAAUCGAUUCAAGAAACUGCCGGACGAGAUCUACAGGUUGGAAAAUCUCAGGGAAUUAUUUCUAUCGAACAACAGUUUGGAGAAGCUCCCGGUAACAAUCAACCGACUGAAGAAACUGGAGCUGCUUGAUGUAUCCGUGAACAAUCUAACCACGUUGGAGCAGUUAUCGUUCAUGCCCCUACUUAGAAUACUGAACAUUUGCGGCAAUGUUCGCCUAGACAAACUGCCAAAUCAACUGGCAACAUGUGAUAAUCUAGUAGAUAUAGUACUCGACCCAAGCACCAUCUCCGAUCCACCGGCAGACGUAGUGGCCGGAGGCACCUAUGCAAUCAUAAAAUAUUUAUCAACCGGUGAAAUAAUUCAUCAGUCACCACCGGAGGAUUUUACAGACCCAUACACUCGCAGUAAGACCAGCACAAUCAAUUUCAUCACCAACGAGCGAGAUGAGAUGCGUCAAGCGGAAUUAACGCGGGAGAAACAAGAGAAGGAAAAGAAGUUGCUGGAACAUGAACGAUUGGCCUAUGAGAAGGAUUACCUUGCCGAAAGUAAAUUGCACGAACAACAGCAAAGGAAGAAGCAGGAUCUACUUCAGCAGUUGCUUCAGCAGCAAAAUCAAAACGAUACUAACGUUAACAGACUACAAGAGGAGAAACAAUCCGAACGACAACGGUUGAUAAACGAUAUUUUGAAAGAUGAGAAACACUCUAGCGAGCUGGUCGAUAAUCUUCUAUCGCUGAAAAACGGUCCAGAUCCUGCAUUCCUCGAGCGUGAGCGCGAAGAACAAGAACGGCUACUCGAGCAGCUCCGUAAUCAGCAAAAUGACCUUCGCAAGCAGGAUGUUCUUACAGCUAUGACCGACUUGCUCGAGAACGAAAUCAACGUUAUUCAAAAUUUCCACAAUCAACGUGAUCAAUCGUCCCGGAACAUCCUGGAACGGGAAUACGAGACCAACAACCUUCUCAAUAAUGUGUUUUUGAACUAUGAUCGCAACCGGCAGGAGGUUAUCGACCAAAUCAACUGUGAUGAAGAAAUUCAAAAAUCGGCCGUGUCGGCACUAAUCGUCAGAAAUGAUUCCCGCACGUGGGGUCUCGUAGAACAGGUGCGCAUCGUUGAGUCUCAACUGGCCACCUUAACCACCUACGAAAUUGAACGGAAGAAAACUAACCAGGAUGACCAAAUUAAUAAUCUUACGGAACAAAGGAUGAACUUGACGUACGUUUUGAUGGAUUUGCUCAAACAACAGGACCAAAGAAAACAACAGCUUCUUGACACGCUCAAAAUUAUCGAACAACAGAAAGAAGGCGAGCAAACCGACUUCUGGCUAAUGCAAUACCAAAAACUGCUGGACCACCGACCAGCGGAGAUAACCAGCGAUACUGCUUCGGUGGAUCCCAUCCUGGGCUAUCAGUUCUUGGAAAACGGCGUCGUUCAUUGCUUACCAUUCCUGUCUAAAAUUUGGCAAAACCGAGACAAAGAACUCGCCAGCGUAUGCGAGCUGGAUUUAGUUGAAGCCGGCGUACAAAAUCCCGCUGACCGAACUGCCAUCCUGACUUCAAUCAGCAACUAUUACGACUAUCUGAAUCGUAGAAUAGAAUAUCCGGAGGCAGAUCUAAGUCCAUCAACAUCAACACCCACAGGACCAGCAUUGGAUGAAGACCAUGAACCAGUGCCUCCGAGCUCGCCGCCGGAAGAACCGUCUUCAGCCAGCGGCGCUGUUCAAUUUUCAGAAUGCGUUGUUUGUUUGGAGGAAAUGGUCCAAGUCAUAUUUCUACCGUGCGGCCAUAUGUGUUGCUGUGCUGAUUGCCAUGUCAGUAUACAUGAUUGUCCCAUGUGUCGUGCGUACAUUGAAAGGAAAAUUAAGGUCAUUCAGCCUUGAAUUGACAACACCACAACUGACUUGGAGGUCAGCCAAAGGACACAAAGCAAUCGUUUCAGUAGCACUCUGUCUGAGGCGAACAGUUCAUCUAUAAACUACAAGUAUUUAUCUCGAACGAAGAUAUUGAAAAAAGAACUUUAAACCAAAUCUACAAUUAGAGAAGUUUAUACACAUCAAUCGUAUUCAACAGCACGAAUCAUUGUCGGAACUUUACAUUAAUCUUUACAAAAGUUAUUCAUUCCCAGCGUGAGUAAAUUUCUCCAUAUCCUAUCAACACUAUUGUCAAAUUUUUUGUCGCACAUUUUGGAUUUGAAAAGUACGUUUGAAAACUUUUGUCAAUAUCGUUGAAUUUACAUGUGUCGGACUGUCGAUUUUAAUCCUAACUGAUAACAACAACAAAAAACUCGUUUUAGUACGUUGUUUGCAAUUUCAACUCUGUUGACUACUGAAACCUUAAAAAACGCAUUACGAACUAGCUUUAAGCCCUAUACAGUCAAUAAACUCUAAGCAUAAAUUUAGACAUCUCUAAGAAACAAGGAUAAACAUAAUGCAUUGCAAGAAGCUCAGCAAAGACACAAAACGCAAAGUAUGGAAUUCAACACAUUAUACAUUAUAUAGUGCCUUUUUCGGGGAAAAGGAAAUGUGUCGUCACCAAACAAAUAGAGCGAACGGAAAGGGGUAGGAUAGAAUGUUGCAAAUGAUAACUGAAUUACACAUCAAUAAUAAUGCGGCUAUAAUAGCCACAACCAUCGAACAUACUUACAUAACACUACCUACUCUUUGUUAGAUUUGAUGACCAAAAACAGGCAGAUAUUAUGUACUUUCCGCUUUCACCUAAAACAACACUUCCAACUUUUCAAGACAAGCGAAAACAAAUACCCCAACCUACUUCUAUCGUGAAAAAGGUAUCAGUAAUCACUAUACUAACAAACAUUUAGCAAUCAAUUUGUUAUCCUUUUAAAAGCUAUAUCAUACGUUGAGAUUUAUGUUUUACGUAUUAACAUGUUUUAUGAAUAAAAUAAAGAAUAUUUUUACUUAAAA